UGGGUCGGAGAGGUUUUAUUUUAGCAAAGUUUCAAUUGUGGAGUAAUUACUCGGACUUUUCUCAUCUUGCUGAGAUUCAUUGAAAUAAGUAUUGCUUUCUUCAGAAAUAGUUAAGUUAUUUGGACUCAUUAUGCACUAGACCAAAUCCAAAAGUGAUCAUUCAUUUAAAGUAGGUCUAGGCACUAAACCGAAAUCUAUGUUCUAGCUAAAUAGGUUAUGAAUUUUAGGGCGUUUUUAAAGUGAACAGGAUUUAACCAAGAGGUGAAAUAAAAAAUGGAAAAUAUAACUAAAAAAACGCUUUUGGAAACGGUGGAUACUGCAAUUGAGUACUCUGCAAAGCUAGACAGAAAUUUAAACUCUGUAAUUGGAGCAGAGCAACAGGUAAUAGGGACUGCUGAAGAAAGUUUAACUGAGAUUGAUGUGGCAUUUGAUGAUCUAGCUAAAUCUGUAUUAGACGCUCUUAACAAAAGGAGAGAAGUUUUAAAGAAAAACGUGAUGCGAAUUCAAGAAGAAGGGCUCGCACCUCUGCGAGCUUGUAGGGACGUCAUAUCACAUACAUUAAAGACCACCCAAAGCUACAUUUGUGAAGGGCAAGAGCUGAUGGAACAAAGGAACUGUGAUGUGGAGCGCAGCUUGAAGUACAUUGACCAGUCUUCACUUCUUGGGAGUCUACCAGCUGUGCCUAACCUAGAGGAGGUGCCAGCAAUCUCAUUUCAACUGAACGUUGAUUCUCUCCGCAACAGCCUAGUGUGCAGGAUUCUCUCUGCCGGUGUUGUUUCGAGGAUGGGUCCAGUGCAAAUAACAUCCAUUGUAGAGAAACCAGGAGCUCUUUUAGUCAACUGGGAAGAGGUGGAGGAAAGAGGCCUGGAUGACCAAUGUUUCCGACUCCAAUUAUCAGUUGGGGCUCAUCCAACACCUCUGCCACGACAUUCCGCUGCAGUGUACAGAGACGUAUAUCAGGGAGCAGACAGUAGCUGUGUGGUGAGAGAUGUCCACCCAGGAACACAGUACACUCUGAGAGUCUGUUGCAAGGAUGAGAGAGGUGACUGGUGUGCCUGGAGUCUACCUAGAGUUGCUGCCACCACUCUACCUGCCUUCUGUGAGUGUUUAGUUCAUACAUGA